AUGUGUGCCACUGUCUCCCAACCAGAACCGCCCAACCAAGAUGACGUCAUUCCUCCGGAUCUCCUGAGUGCAGUCUGCUUAAUCCAGCGGGUGUACCGAGGAUAUAGGGCUCGUCGGGAACUUCAAGGGCGACAGCUGAGUGCCACAAAUCGCUGGGCUCAGAAUCCCAAUGGCAACAGCGCCACCGCUCCACAACCCUCCCCUCCUCCUCCCCCGUCAUCCAAGCCCAUCGCAACUGGACGCAAGCCGUCCGCGUCGCAAAGCUCGCCCGCGGCGACCGCCCCAUCAAGAAACCCGACCACCGCCGCAGCGAACCGUUGCCAGAGAUGA